UGUCCACUCGCGAGGAGUCCCGGGCAUAGCUUUUACGAGCCUGAAGGGCUUUAUUGUUUCUCUUCGUCUUCAACAGAAAUUGUUUCCGAGCUCCUCAGUUCCACAACCAAAUAACAAUACGCUGAAAUGGCUGGCGGUAAGGCAGGAAAAGACAGUGGUAAGGCCAAGGCGAAAGCUGUGUCACGCUCCCAGAGAGCUGGACUGCAGUUCCCAGUGGGGCGUAUCCACAGGCACUUAAAGACCCGUACUACCAGCCACGGGCGUGUAGGAGCCACAGCGGCUGUAUAUAGUGCUGCCAUCCUUGAGUAUCUCACCGCUGAGGUACUAGAGUUGGCGGGUAACGCCUCUAAAGAUCUGAAGGUGAAGCGUAUCACUCCCCGCCACUUGCAGCUCGCUAUCCGUGGAGACGAGGAGUUGGACUCCCUCAUCAAGGCCACCAUAGCUGGAGGCGGUGUGAUCCCCCACAUCCACAAGUCCCUUAUCGGGAAGAAGGGCCAGCAGAAGACUGCAUAGAGUAGACAGACGCCAUUUUGUUGAUCGGAACUGUGGAGGCGUGUGUUCGGACUGGACUCUGUUCGACGACGUGUGUUCGGACUCUAACCUGACCAACAGGACUUCACAUUGAUCCUUUUUAUAUUACUAUUAGCUAACGAUGAGUGAUUGGUAGUUUUUUUUCCGUUAGUGUAAUAUUUCCCAUAAUUAGAGAAGGAUAAAAUAUGUAUGUUAUUUUUGGACAGGGGAAAUCAUACUUUUUUCAGUUGACUUGUUUGAUUGGCAGGGCUUCAAAUGUUUUGUACUGAAAAAUGGAAUUGUUAAAACCCAUUUUUUUAUAAAAACAAA